UAAAAACUGAGUGAGAAAAAACAAGGAGAAUGAAACUGAAUUACAGUGGCGUGAGGCGGGGCAAUUUGAGAUUCUACUCGGAGAAGAAGAGAAAAAUGUCAACUGAAAGGCAUAGUUCUGGGACCUUCGCAUCUCCUGAAGAAAAUACUCUAUUCCUUGACAUACUACACGAGGCACCUUUAUUUGGUCAUCGGAAGCCUACAAGGAUUGUUGGGAGCAUUCUCUACUGUUUUCUAUUGGCAGGUUUUGCUAGUUUGGCUGUUGGAGCUACUUGGAUAUUUCAUCCUAUAAAAGAAUUAGUUUCUCCCCUGCUGUGCAGUUUUAAUGUUAUCCUUCUGUUUACCACAGGCAUUUUUCAACAAUACCUAGUAUACCAAGUGAAAAAAAUCCGACUACAGGGCUACUACAUUUUCAGCCAGAAGUUGAAGCAUAUAAUCCGUUUACCAUUUGCCACGAUUGCUUAUGGAACUGCUGCAAUGCUGCUUGUCAUGGUUUGGAAACCACACAUUAGCUUUCUAUCCACGUCUACAAUACUCAGGAUCAUUUUAUUGGUCGAAGUUGUAUGUGCUAGUUCCUUCAUCAGUGCUUAUAUUGGUUAUGUCUAUCAGUACAAUUCACUUGAUUCUCAACCUGAUGUUCUAAAAUCACUUUAUUCUCCUCUUCAACCGUCUAGUUCUUUGGAAGGUUUGAGGUAUCAUGAUGGGGGUCGACUUUCUGAUCAGCAAAUGGCUCUAUUGCAAUAUCAACAAGAAAAUAUUCACUUUCUGAAUGAGGAGAUUCUUAGAUUGCAAGAAUGCUUAAGCAAAUAUGAAGGAUCUAAUGAUGGGAGUGCACCUCAGGUUGAUCUUGCUCAUCUAUUGGCAACUAGGGAUCAGGAGUUGCGUACAGUUUCAGCUGAGAUGAAUCAAAUGCAAUCUGAGCUAAUACUUGCUCGAUCUCUGAUUGCCGAGAAGGAUGCUGAGAUUCAACGUGUACGUAAUACGAACAAUCAGUAUGUGGAGGAAAAUGAAAGGCUUAGAGCUAUUUUGGGGGAAUGGAGUAGCCGGGCAGCCAAACUUGAGCGUGCAUUAGAGGCAGAAAGGAUGUCGAACUUCGAAUUGCAAAAGAAAGUUAGACUCUAAGAAGCCAAAGUCCAAACACGUGAAGGAAUGUAGCAAUCAUAGCUUGUGUUCAUACCAUCUUGAAUUCCAGUAAUGAUAUGUUGCUUUUGAUUCUUUGUAUUCUUUUCAUCUUCACACUUAUAUCGAACUAUGUUAUCUGAAAAGAUGAUCGUGAUCCCACUUCACUGUUGUAGAUCUUGUCUUCAACAUAAUGUCUUUACGAUUC